AUGCCGAAGAACAAGGGAAAGGGCGGUAAGAACCGUCGUCGUGGAAAGAACGACAUUGGAGACAAGCGCGAGCUGGUUCUCAAGGAUGAGGGCCAAGAAUAUGCUCAGGUGCUCAAGAUGCUCGGCAACGGUCGAUUGGAGGCCCAAUGUUUCGAUGGCGAGAAGCGUCUUGCGCACAUCCGUGGCAAGCUCCGUAAAAAAGUAUGGAUCAACCAAGGAGACAUCAUUCUCAUCUCGCUGCGCGAUUUCCAGGACGGCAAGGCGGACGUGAUCCAGAAGUACAAUGCGGAUGAGGCACGUGCGUUGAAGCAGCAGGGCGAGCUGCCGGAGAGCGCCAAGAUCAACGAAACCGACACGUUCGGCGAGGAGGAGGGCGGCGAGAUCGAGUUCCAGGAGGGCAGUGAUGAUGACGAGGAUAGCGAUGACGAUGAUGAUCUGGACGAUCUCUGA